AUGGCAACUCCUUGGCCAGUGAGAAGAGAGAGGUGCUCCCAUGGCUCUGUGUGCCUUGCUAGAUGGUCAGCGUCCUCCUUGAUGCUCCUAUGGUUGCCUUGGGUGUUGCUAUGGCAGCCAUGGCCCACCCGAGCUGAACAAGUGGGCGGCGGGGGACACAGUGGGAAGCCAAUCCAUAGUUCGCUAGCGUCUGCCUCAUCCUCUUCGUCCUCCUCCUCUUCCCCCUCCAGCACCUCAUCGUGGGGCUUCAGCACGAGGCAGAGUGGGGGGCAGCUGGACUGGCUGCUGUCAGAGAAGGGACCUUUCCACAGAUGUCCAGAGUACACAGAGUUCAGAGAGCGGUUCCAGCAGGGAUUUUCUACCAGAUACAAGAUUUACAGGGAGUUCAGCCACUGGAAGGUGAACAGCCUGGCCACGCAGAAGAGAGAUUUCCUCAAAGCUCCGUUGCCCUUAGCGCCAGAGUUCCUGCGCAACCUCCGGCUACUGGGGCGAAGACCAACCCUGCAGCAAAUCCACGAAAACCUCAUCAAGAAGUAUGGGACCCACUUCCUUGUUUCUGCUACCCUGGGAGGGGAGGAAUCCUUGACCAUUUUCCUGGACAAGCAGAAGCUGAACAAGAAGUCAGAAGGCAGCAGCAACAGUUCAGUGGUGUCCCUGGAGCUGCUGCAUCAGUUGGCGGCGUCCUACUUCACAGAUCGAGAGAGCACCCUGAGGCGCCUGCACCAUCUCCAGAUCGCCACCUCUGCCAUCAAGGUAACUGAGACAAGGACGGGCCCUCUCGGCUGCAGUAACUACGACAGCUUGGAUUCAGUUAGCUCUGUGUUGGUACACAGCCCAGAAAACAAGAUCCACCUAAAGGGCUUGCAAGAUGUCCUUCCAGAGUUCCUGCGUGGGCGUUUUGUGGAGGCAGCCCUCAGCUAUGUGGCCUGCAACUCAGAGGGUGAGUUGCUCUGCCGCAACAACGACUGCUGGUGCCGGUGCUCUCCCCGCUUCCCAGAAUGCAACUGUCCCUUCGCGGACAUCAAGGUCAUGGAGGAGAACCUGGAGAAGAGCAAGGAUGCCUGGAGCGGCUUCAACCAAGAGUUCAUGGAAUCAGAUGAGUUCAAAGCCUUCCUGAAGCGCCUGCCCACCGACCGGUUCAUGAACGUGUCCAUGAUUGCCAAGCUCUGGUCGACUGACUUGUCCCUGCAGAAGCGCUACGCCCAGCUGGAGUCCAGCACAGCGCUGGUUCUGGGAAAGGCCCAGAAGAUCAUCAGAAAACUGUUCACCCUGAGCAAACGUUGCCCCAAGCAACCUCGAAUCAGCCUGCCCCGAGAGAGGUCCACUGGGUUUUGGCUGAAUAAGGCUCAGUCUCUGUUGUACUGCAAUGAGCACGGAGUGUUGGGCUCCUUCUCUGAGGAGGUGAAGCGCUGCAGCUGCCCUGUGGAGCAGCCCACCUGCCAGGAAGUCAUUCCCUGCAUCGUGGGCACAUCACCCACCUCCUGCUCCUCCUGUGCCACUGAUAAUGCGACCCGCUGCGGAGCCUGUCACCAUGGCAACUUCCUCCAUCUUGGUUCCUGCCACCCUAGUAUUGCGGCAUCCCUGGACCACUAUCUGAACUUGGACCUGGACAUGCCUGAUGCUGAGGUGAAGUACCUGCUUCAGCGACUGGACAGCAGAAUAGAGGUCCAUGCCAUCUACAUCAGCAAUGAUGUCCGUCUGGGAAGUUGGUUCAAUCCUGCCUGGAGGAAGAGGAUGUUGUUGACACUCAAGAGCAACAAGAAUAAGUCCAAUCUCAUUCACAUGAUGAUGGGCAUUUCUUUCCAGAUAUGCUCGACUAAGAAUUCCACCCUGGAGCCCGUGCCUGCGAUAUACGUGAAUCCUUUUGGUGGGAGUCACUCAGAGAGCUGGUUCAUGCCAGUGAACCAGCCUGACUUCCCUGACUGGGAGAGAACUCGACUGGACGCCGUUGUCACGGCACAGUGUUACAACUGGACACUGUCUCUGGGCAACACAUGGAAGUCCUUCUUUGAAACGGUUCACAUCUACCUGCGAAGCCGCAUUGUCACGGAUGAUCCAACAGUGAAUGAAACUCUCUUCUACGAACCAUUGGACUUGGAUGACCAGACGUCCAACCUGGGGUACAUGAAGAUCAACACGCUGAAGGUGUUUGGAUACAGCCUGCACUUUGACCCUGAGGGCAUCAAAGAUCUGAUUCUCCAGCUGGACUACCCCUACACGCAGGGUACACAGGAUGCCGCCUUCCUGAUGUUGUUGGAGAUGAGAGAUCGGGUUAACCGACUUUCUCCCCCAGCACCGCAGCCACUGGACCUGUUUUCUUGCCUGUUGCGCCACCGGCUGAAGAUGUCGGCCGGUGAGGUGGCUCGCAUCAAGGACGCUCUGCAGAUCUUCAACUCCAAACUUCCCAAUGCUUCUCCUGAACCCGAGCUGGCCCAGCUGUGCAGCUAG